GGUGCUCAGGCUCGAGGUGGCGCAGGGUCUUGGCUUCUCUUAUUCAACCGCUGUAAAUGAACUGGUUAUGAAACUAAAGGAGCGCACAAAUAAUUACACUUUCUACAGGUCAUUUGACUGAAAUUGAGAAUGGGUAUAGACCGGUUCUGCAGUGUCGACGGUUCCGACCCCUUCUGGGAUUGGAACCGGACAUGGCACACGUCCAGCCCUGACCUGACCCAGUGCUUCCAGAACACGGUGCUGGUGUGGGUCCCCUGCAUCUACCUCUGGGUGUGCGCCCCCUUCUACUGUCUGUACCUCCGCUGCCACGACCGAGGGUACAUAUGCAUGAGCCAUCUCAACAAAGCCAAAACCGCAGUGGGGUUAGUGCUGUGGAUUGUCUGCUGGGCAGAUGUCUUCUACUCUUUCCGGGAAAGAAGCCAAGGCAUUGCUAUAGCACCCGUCUACUUGGUCAGCCCCACAAUCCUCGGCAUUACAAUGCUGCUGGCCACGUUCCUGGUGCAGUAUGAGCGGAUGAAGGGGGUGCAAUCCUCUGGGGUGAUGCUUAACUUCUGGCUGGUGGCCGUGGUGUGCGCCACUGUGACUUUUCGCUCCAAGAUCCUGCAGGCACUGGACGAGGCCUCCAGCGUGAGCGUGUUCCGCUACACCACCUUUUACAUCUACUACUUCCUGCUCCUGGUCUCACUCCUCCUCUCCUGCCUGUCGGACAAGCCCCCCCACUUCUCCCAGGCCGUCAAGGACCCAAACCCGUGUCCUGAAUCAGGAGCUUCCUUCCUGUCCAAGAUCACCUUCUGGUGGAUCACAGGGCUGAUGAUACAGGGCUAUAAGAGACCCCUGGAGGAGAGCGAUCUGUGGUCCCUGAACGAGGAGGACCGCUCCCACAGAGUCGUGCCGCAGCUGGUGCGCCGCUGGGACAACGAGUGCAGCAAGGUCAAAAGGCCGUUGGAGACGAGCAUCUACUCCCCGAAGAGGUCGGUGAGGGGCGAGAGGAAGAAGGAUGCGCCGCCGGCCGAGGAGUCGGAGAUCCUGCUGGUCAGGACAGCACAGAAGAGCCGCGAGCCCUCCCUCCUCCUGGCGCUCUGCCUCGCUUUCGGCCCCUACUUCCUGGUCAGCACCCUCUACAAGAUCAUCCACGACAUCCUCAUGUUUGUGGGGCCGGAGAUCCUCAGACUGCUGAUCCGCUUUGUGAACGACUCCAGCGCCCCCUCCUGGCAGGGCUAUUUCUACACGGCGCUGCUGUUUGUGUGCACGUGUGUGCAGACGCUGAUCCUGCAGAAGUACUUCCAUGUCUGCUUCGUGACGGGCAUGAGGCUGCGCACCGCCAUCGUGGGCGCCGUCUACAAGAAGGCCCUGGUCAUCACCAGCGCGGCCCGACGUACCUCCACUGUGGGCGAGAUCGUCAACCUGAUGUCGGUGGACGCCCAGCGCUUCAUGGACCUCAUCACCUACAUCAAUAUGAUCUGGUCUGCCCCCUUGCAAGUGAUCUUAGCACUCUAUUUCCUGUGGCAGAACCUGGGCCCAUCUGUGCUAGCCGGUGUGGCGGUUAUGGUCCUGAUGGUUCCCUUGAACGCAGUCAUCGCCAUGAAGACCAAAACCUACCAGGUGGCCCAGAUGAAGAGCAAGGACAACCGGAUCAAGCUGAUGAACGAGGUGCUGAACGGCAUCAAGGUGCUGAAACUGUACGCCUGGGAGCUGGCCUUCAAGGACAAGGUGUCAGCCAUCCGGGAGAGCGAGCUGCGCGUGCUGAAGAAGAGCGCCUACCUGGGCGCCAUGUCCACCUUCACCUGGGUGUGCGCCCCCUUCCUGGUGGCGCUCUCCACGUUUGCAGUAUAUGUGCUGGUUGAUGAGAAGAAUGUGCUGGACGCUCAGAAGGCCUUUGUGUCCCUGGCCCUUUUCAACAUCCUGCGCUUCCCCCUCAACAUGCUUCCCAUGGUCAUCAGCAGUAUGGUGCAGGCCAGUGUGUCCCUGAAGCGCCUGCGAGUCUUCCUGUCCCACGAGGAGCUGGACGAGGACAGCGUGGAGCGCAAGGCCAUCACUGGCUCCUCUGACAGCAUCAGGAUCACUGACGGCACGUUCAGCUGGUCUAGAAGCGACGCCCCCUCCCUGAAGAGAAUCUGCAUGAAUAUUCCAGAGGGAGCGCUGGUGGCGGUGGUGGGGCACGUGGGCUCUGGGAAGUCCUCUCUGCUCUCUGCCCUGCUGGGGGAGAUGCACAAACAGGAGGGAUCUGUCUAUGUCAAGGGCUCUGUUGCCUACGUGCCCCAGCAGGCCUGGAUUCAGAACGCCACCCUGCGGGACAACAUCUUGUUCGGGCGCGAGAGGAAGGAGAGCUGGUACCAGCGGGUGGUGGAGGCCUGCGCCCUGCUGCCUGACCUGGAGAUCCUGCCCGCUGGAGACGCCACUGAGAUCGGGGAGAAGGGCGUGAACCUGUCAGGCGGGCAGAAGCAGAGGGUGAGCCUGGCGCGGGCGGUGUACUGCGACAGCGCUGUCUACCUGCUGGACGACCCGCUCUCUGCCGUGGACGCCCACGUCGGGAAGCACAUCUUCGAGAAGGUCAUCGGCCCCCAAGGAGUGCUGCAGGGCAGGACGCGCGUCCUGGUGACCCACGGCCUCAGCUUCCUGCCGCAGGCCGACCUGAUCCUGGUGAUGGUGGACGGCGAGAUCACGGAGGUGGGCUCGUACGCGGAGCUGCUGGGGCGGCAGGGCGCCUUCGCUGAGUUUCUGAGGACCUACGCCAGCGCCGAGCAGGGGGAGGAGCAGUCGGAUGUGAACAUCCCGAAAAGAGGACAGGAGAACGGAGGCCCCGCAGUACUGAUGGGGCAGAACAGCCAGAGCUCGGUGGCGGUGACCAGUUCAUCCAAGACCCUCUCAAAGAGCGAUGGAGGGAAGGCCGACGGCAAGAAAGGCGGGCCCCUGGAGGUUGGCAAGCUGACCGAGGCAGACAAGGCCAACACAGGCAGGGUGAAGCUGUCGGUGUUCUGGGAGUACAUGAAGGCCAUUGGACUCUGCCUGUCCUUCCUCAGCGCCUUCCUCUUCCUCAGCCACCACCUGGCCUCCCUGGGCUCCAACUACUGGCUCAGCCUCUGGACCGACGACCCCGUCAUCAACGGCACCCAGCCCUACACGGAGAUGAGGCUGGGCGUGUACGGGGCCCUAGGGCUAUCCCAAGGAAUCUCAGUGUUCUGCUACUCCAUCUCGGUGUCGUUCGGGGGCAUCCUGGCCUCCCGGUACCUGCACCAGACCAUGCUGUACAACGUGUUGCGCUCACCCAUGGCCUUCUUCGAGCGCACGCCCAGCGGCAACCUGGUCAACCGAUUCGCCAAGGAGACGGACACCAUCGACUCGGUCAUCCCCAGCAUCAUCAAGAUGUUCAUGGGCUCCAUGUUCAACGUGCUGGGCUCCUGCCUGGUCAUCCUGCUGGCCACGCCCCUGGUGGCUGUCAUCAUCCCACCCCUUGGCCUGUUCUACUUCUUUGUGCAGCGCUUCUACGUGGCCUCGUCCCGGCAGCUGAAGCGCCUGGAGUCUGUGAGCCGCUCGCCCGUCUACUCGCACUUCAGCGAGACGCUGCAGGGCACCAGCGUGAUCCGGGCCUUCCGCGAACAGGACCGCUUCGUCUGCGAGAGCGAGCACCGUGUCGACCGCAACCAGAAAGCCUACUACCCCAGCAUCGUGGCCAACAGGUGGCUGGCGGUGCGGCUGGAGUUUGUGGGGAACUGCAUCGUGAUGUUCGCCGCCCUGUUCGCGGUCGUUGCCAGAGACAGCCUGAGCCCAGGAAUCAUGGGGUUGUCCAUAUCCUACGCCCUGCAGGUCACCGCCUCUCUGAACUGGUUAGUACGGAUGUCGUCAGAGCUUGAGACCAACAUUGUUGCCGUGGAGCGAGUGAAGGAGUACGGAGACACUGAGAAGGAGGCGGAAUGGCGGCUAGAGCACUCCACCCUCCCCCAGGGCUGGCCCACCACCGGCCACAUUGAGAUCCGCAACUUCGGCCUGCGCUACCGGGAGGACCUGGAGCUGGCCAUCCGCAACAUCACCGUUACCAUCGAGGGCGGGGAAAAGGUGGGGAUUGUGGGAAGGACGGGGGCGGGGAAGUCGUCCCUGACGCUGGGCCUGUUUCGCAUCAUCGAGGCCGCCCAGGGCGAGAUCUGCAUCGACGGCGUCAACGUCGCCGGGUUGGGGCUGCACGAGCUGCGCUCCCGCAUCACCAUCAUCCCUCAGGACCCGGUGCUGUUCUCCGGUUCUCUACGCAUGAAUCUGGACCCCUUCGACGCGUACUCAGACCAGGAAGUGUGGAGCGCCCUGGAACUCGCCCAUCUGAAGAACUUUGUGUCGGGCCUGCCAGACAAACUGAACCACGAGUGUUCAGAGGGAGGGGAGAACCUCAGUCUGGGUCAGCGCCAGCUGGUAUGUUUGGCCCGUGCUCUGCUCCGGAAGACCAAGAUCCUGGUUCUGGACGAGGCCACGGCCGCUGUGGACCUGGAGACGGACAACCUGAUCCAGUCCACCAUCCGCAGCCAGUUUGAGGACUGCACCGUGCUGACCAUCGCCCACCGGCUCAACACCAUCAUGGACUACACCCGGGUUCUGGUUCUGGACAAAGGGCAGUUGGCGGAAUUCGAUUCGCCGGCCGACCUCAUCGCCAAAAAAGGAAUCUUCUACAGGAUGGCCAAAGACUCAGGCCUUGUGUGACUCGGAUUCAGAGCCAAAGAGCUUUUCGUUUUGUUUUGUUUUUCUGUUGUUUUUUUUUUUCUUUGUUCCCCUAUUUCCCCCCUUUCUCCAGAAUAUUCAGCAGUUUUAUAUGAGAGGUGACAAGGGGAAGGGGGUGGAGUCAAACAUAACCCCGCCCCCAGCCCAUCCCCCAGCAUUCUCAGUCUGCUGAAUGCACUCCAUAGCAAGUUGGGGAGCGCCCCUUUCUGUUCAGCCACUCCCUUUCCCUCGUCUCCGAGCGUGUUGCUGUUUUUGGUUGGUUGGUUUGUUUUUCUUCUUUUCUUUAUUUCCUAAUCCUGCAGUGUGAAAGUUUCACGUCACUGAUGCUGCUCUGAUAGGUCGCUACCUUUAAAGCGGCCCAUGAUGUUAGGAACCGGCUUUGACCUCUGCUGCACCUCCAGGUGAAAGGCCCACAACCACUGCAGCCCUAAGAAAGCGCACUGAGCAGCCUUCCCGGUGAUUCCCCUCUCAGCUGUACCGGCUGUGUGGACACACAGGCUUAGAAUGGUGGAAAAAGGUCACAGCGUAAUGUUUAACAGCGCGGUUUAAGUCCCAGUUCUGUGCGCUGCUCAGUUUCUGACAGUACUGGCUGCGAUGCACUGUUUCUGACCAGGCCUGGUUCGACGGGACAAGGCGCCAUGAUCUCGUGUUCACCACCUCUCAUCCCCAGCCCUUCUCCUGGAUCUGAUCACACAUCUAAACUGUGUAAAAUGCCGUUCAAACAUGGAAAAAAACAGGUUUAUUAAACCCUUACUGAACAGUCUUCCUCUCUGCUGUAUGGGCAUAGUCAUCGGAGUUCAACAGUAAAACCCAGACUGUCGGUCAAGAAACUUUCGCAAAGAAACUGGUCUGGUACACUGCAUUGUGGGAAGGCCGCUCUUUCUUCUCUAUUUUUCUCUAUUUUAUGAAAGGGUCUUCAGUUUGAUUGGCCACACAAAAAUAUUUGUGGAUUCAUUUUUUAGUGUUUUUUCCCCCUCAGUGUUCAUAGGUCAGUGAACUCUGAAAGUGAUUCUGAAAGGUCAACUAAUGGUGUAGGUCACAGCCAUCGCAACCAUGACUAUUGAGACAAGGUAAGAAACAGCACUAUGAAAAAAGUAAAAAGAACAAAUUUAAUGUGGUGACACUCAAGGAGGGUGUCUUGAAUUUGAUAGCUAGUCUUAGGAGCAGCUGAUUUUGUAGCAGUUCAGCGAGAAGAGUGGCAGUGUUGCGCUUAUAAAUUGUAGGAAUCUAUCACAUGGGCCCUGAGGAUGAGGAAAGUCAGACUGUACUAUAGUUGUACUUAGGCAUUUUUGCUGUGGUGUACGGAGGAGAGUCUCCGUCACACUUUAUCCAGUCUGACAAGUUUAUCUAUCAGUGGUUCGGUCCACUCCAAGCUGCGCGUCUGCCUCUCUGUCCAGUGCAAUAUGACUUGAGCUGACAAAGUGUCCUCUCCACUGUCCAGUCACUGCUGCUCAAGUGGCAUUUUUGUCCAAUUAUUUUUUAUUAGUCCAUUUUUGCAUUCAUAAAUAUUACGAUGAUGACAGCUUUUGUUUUUGCUUUGAUUUGUUACGCAGCAUUGAUGAACGCAUA